AUGGAGCAGCAACAUGUCCUUCACCGGUUUUUCUGUUCAUGUCCUCUUUCUUGUUCAUCAAUCUCAAGCCGUCCCAUCUCUCUCUUCAGCCACAAAGGUCUCCUCCCACUUCUCGCUCUCUUUCUUCUCCUCGGUGUAUUCUUACCAUGGACAAGAUCUCCAUUGAUCCCGUUUCCAAACAGAGGCUCUUCUUUCCCCUCCAACUGGCGCGACUAUUCCCUCUCUCAAGCCGCCAAGUUCGCUGCCAAGAAUGGCACUUUGAUCGUCUACACCGUGAGCUAUCCCUUCUUGCCUUUCCUCAACAACUGGUUGAUUAGCGUAUCUAUACAGAAACAUCAAGACAAAGUCCUCGUGAUCGCUGAAGAUUAUGCUACUCUCUACAAGGUUAACGAGAAGUGGCCUGGUCACGCCGUUCUAAUUCCCCCAGCCCUUGAUUCGAAAACCCCACAAAAUUACGGUUCCCAGGGUUUCUUCAAGUUUACAUCUCGGAGGCCGAAGCAUCUCUUGGAAAUAUUGGAGCUAGGUUACAGUGUGAUGUACAACGAUGUUGAUAUGGUCUGGUUGCAAGAUCCCUUUACGUAUUUAGAGGGCAGCCAUGACGUGUACUUCACGGAUGACAGAACCGAAAUUAAGCCUUUGAACCACUCUCAUGAACUACCAAAUGGGUGGCUUAAUAUAUGUAGCUGCACAAUUUUCUUGCGUCCCACAAAUGGCUCAAAGCUUCUCAUGAAGAAAUGGAUUGACGAACUCCGAGUUGGGUCUAGAGCAAAUAAAGGAAAUGAUCAGCCUGGUUUCAACAGGGCGCUUAGAAAAACAGCUCACCAGGUGGAUGUUUACUUGCUUCCGCAAGAAGCUUUCCCAACAGGAGGACUGUACUUCAGAAACAAGACAUGGGUUAGAGAGACAAAGGGGAAACAUGUCAUAGUCCAUAAUAACUUCAUUAAAGGUUUCAACAACAAGAUGAAACGUUUCCACCAAUUUGGUCUAUGGCUAGUCGAUGAUCAUGCUCUUGAAUCCCCACUAGGAAAAUUAGAGUAA